AUGGAGUUUGAAGGUGAGAUCGUAAAAUUUGAUGUAUACAAAGUAAUGUGUUGUCCUGAUAAUGUUGUCAGUUUAAACUUUAUAGAUGUUAUUGAGUCUGUUGUUGAAGAAUUUAUAGAAUCUAAUUUUAUUGAUAAUCUAUGCAUGGAAUUGAAGGAAUUUGACAAUGAAAUUAGUACAUUAAUAGACGACGCCAAAGUCGCGGUGAAAAGAUUCAAAAAUUGUUCUGCUGCAUGGUAUGCAACGUUUGCACAUGAAGUGGAGGUAAUUGCUAGUAUUAAUCAUGUCAAUCUGGUUCCCUUCAGAGGCUAUUACACUACCACGGUUCCUAUGGAAGGAGUGGCACGCAGACUAGCGUACCUUCGUUAUGGCGCACAGCCUGCUGUCAUACAUAGAGAUGUUAAGGCUAGUAACAUACCUUUAUAUGACACAUUCGAACCAAAACUGGCUGAUUUUGGCCUUGCUAAGUUCACUCCAAAUGACUUCUCUCAUAUGAGCACAAGGGUAACCGAUACUCUGGGGCAUGUAGCUCUGGAGCACGCUCUGUACGAUAGACUAACAGAAAGAACCGAUGUUUACAGUUUCAAGGUUGUCCUACUUGAGCUUUUAAGCAGUAAGAAAGUAGUCAUUUCCAUAAAUGAUCAUCACACUUUGGUUUUGACUGAUUGGGCUUGGUUAUCUGUGGAACAAGGCAGAUUAUUCGAUGUCAUAGACGAAACUAUGCCCGAACUAGGCCCUCCAGAAGUAAUGGAGAAAUACGUUUUGGUAGCCAUCUUUGGUUCGAAUCUCCAAUCCAUUCACCUCGAUCUUUUCCGGUAUGUAUUGUUGUGUAGGCCUGGCCAUUCUUAA